UUACGUUUUCCACAAACCAACAGAUCACAGUGUGCAUAUGUGUGUGUGUGUGCGAGGAAAAUCAAAAGAAAAUUACACGCUCUACGCAGCCGAAGUACACAAACAAACUAAUCAUCUCGCUACUGAAAAUCGCCAGCAAAAUUCCGGCAUUGAAAAAGCUGCAAAGAUGAAUUUCUUUGUGAUUGGCUUUCUGAUCAUGCAGGCGGCAAGAUUGGCUUGCGGGACGUGCGUUUUAGCGUCCGAUUUUGGUUUCAUACUCGAUUGUAACUUCAAAAAGUCUGGACUGUUUCGUGUACGAAAUUUGGGUGGCCUAAAGGCCCAUUUCGGUUUAGGCUUCAGUCUCGGCGAUGAGCUGGGCUUCCCGGAGUCGCUGGGGAACCUGGAGGGCGAGCGUCGGCGUGCCAUCAGCUACAAGAAUGGAGCACCGCCUGAGAGUGUGGGAGUGCUGUCGGGGGCACAGCAACAGGCCAAUCCAAGCGCACAGCACUCGCUGCCAGAUAAACGCAUCAGUUCACGCUCCACCGGACCCGUGCCCUACAAUCUGCAGCUGCAGCAGCUCCAACAGAGCGCCCUCCAAGCGGCCAAGGCCCAGCAGCAGCAACAGCAGCAGCAGCAGAAGAUGAAGCAACUGCAACAGCAAUUGCUGCUGCAUCAGCAGCAGCAGCAACAGCAACAGCAGGCGCAGCUCAUGACCGAAGCCCGUCCGCUGCCGCUGGGCGUGCCCGCCUUCCGGCCGAUACCACAGAAGCAGCAGCAACAGCAACAGCAGCAGGCCUUGAACCCGGCUCCGACAACAGCAGAACGCCGCGUGGCUGUGGACUCUACGGAGCCGCGAGUCAGUGUCAACAAUAAGCUGAUCCUUGCCGUGGAUAAGCCGCAUUCGAAUCGCACCUUCCAUGCGGACAAUCCAGUGGUCUCCCAGCCCGUGGCAGUGCCCGUCUUCCAGGCCAUGCCCGAGUCCAUUGCCCGCAUAGCGAAUGCGGCCAAGGAGCAACGCCAGGCGCCGCCCAGCUAUCCCAAUUAUCUGCAGUUCGAGGAGCCCAAAUUCGACCUCAAGGAUGUGACUGUAGAGGAGCUGGCCGCGGCGGCCAAUGUCACGGUGGAGACCAUCAAGCAUGCCAUAUAUGUGCGGGAGCAGCAGCUCAAGGCGGAGCACAGGGCACAGUUGGCGGCCAAACUGCGAGAGGAGUUCAUGCGCACCUCCACCGUGAGGACCACCACAACGACGACAACGACAACGAGUACUCCACGACCAAAUAAGUCGAUGGCAGAGCACAAGGUGUCAAAGGUCAUGAAUGCACCCAAGGAAUAUUAUCCUGUGGGCUACGACAAGAACUUCGAUGACAAUUUCAAGUCCAAGGUGGAUCUGCCGCCCACGAGCUUCUCCUGCGCCAAGCAGAAGCACUUUCCGGGCCUCUAUGCAGACACCGAUCUGGGCUGCAUGGUCUUUCAUGUGUGCGCCCUCACCGAUGAUGGCUUGGUGCGCAAGUCCUUCCUCUGUCCGGAGAACACGCUCUUCGACCAGACCAUCCUCAAGUGCAACUGGUGGUUCUAUGUGGACUGCAGCUCCAGCGCCAGCAUCUACGACUCGAACAUACCCAUCUCGAAGAGCUACCAGCUGAUGAAGUCCCUCACGUACUUCUCCAAGUUCAACAAUCAGCGGAGCAAGGAGCAGGAGGGCGACAAGGACGAGAAUGCCCUGGAUAUAGACUCAUUGCGGGAGUCCAUGGAGGGUGUAUCCCGCAGACAGGAGCAGGCCAAAAAGGCAGAGCUUGAGCGGCAGCGGGAGCAGCAGCUGCCGAAGGCAGACCACGAGCAUGUGGUGCCCGAGGAGGGGGAGCAGCAGCUGUCCAACUAGAAAUAAGAGUCUCUCCACCCUAAUGCUAUCUGAGAUCUAGGUUAAGAGUUAACGAUCGAGCGUCAUAGUCAAAUCUCUCUAUCUCUCUCGCUUAAGCCAAUGGUUUUCUGUUUAGUCUGUCCAACAUUUCCUACAGGAGGAGAUCCUGUUCAGUCCCUCCUUAGACAUAGUCCCCUGAAGUCCUCCCUCUUCCUAGCCCCGUAAGUCGAUAAUCUCUAGUUUUAUUCAUAUUACUAUUUAU